AUGGAGGAGGCGGGCGCGGCUGGCAGCGCCCUGCCCGGGGACGGGGCGCCCGGCAAGGGGAGGCCGCUGCAGCCCCCGGCCAAGGGGCGGGAGCUCUUCAGGAGCCAGCGGAAGGAGUCCGAGGGCUCAGUGGACUGCCCCAGUGUGGAGUUUGAGUACGGAGAUGCCGACGGCUAUGCUGCUGAAUUAUCAGAACUGUACAGCUACACGGAAGAGCCGGAGUUCACCAUCAACAGGAAGUGCUUCGAAGAGGAUUUUCAAACUCAAGUGCAGGGCAAGAGAUGGCCGGAGCUGGACCAGGCUCAGCAGAAGGCCUAUGUGAUGCGGUUGCUGGACGGGCUGGAGGUGGUCGACAGGGACAAGCGACUGAAAGCAGCACGAGCUGUCCUUUAUUUGGCACAAGGUGUAUUUGGCGAGUGUGACAUGGAAGCGGAGGUCCUGCAUUGGUCUCGGCACAAUAACUUCCUGUUGUACCAGAUGGGAACGUUCUCCGCCUUCCUGGAGCUCCUGAACAUGGAGAUAGACAACAGCCAGGCUUGCAGCAGCGCCCUGAGGAAACCAGCCAUCUCCUUAGCGGAUAGCACGGAGCUCAGGGUGCUGCUGAGCGUCCUGUACCUGAUGGUGGAGAACAUCCGUGUGGAGGCGGAGACUGACCCGCCCGAGUGGCAGAGCUCCCGGGAGACCUUCAGGACAGAGCUGAGUUUUCCUGUGCACAGCGAAGAGCCGUUUGCUCUGUUGCUCUUCACCAUGGUGGCCAAGUUCUGCAGUGGACACGCCCCCCACUUCCCCAUGAAGAAGGUCCUGCUCCUGCUGUGGAAGGUGCUUCUGUUCACCCUGGGGGGAUUCGAGGCCCUCCAGGCCAUGAAAAUGAAGAAGCGGGAGGAGCUGGGCCUGCCACCUCUCCCGGAGGACAGCAUCCAAGUCAUGCGCCGCAUGCGGGCUGCGUCGCCUCCGACCUACACCAUUGAACUCCUGGACCAGCAGUCGUCGAAACGCGGGCACCGGAGCAGGCGGCCCCUGGUGAAGCAAGACAGCCUGGACAUCUAUAACGAGAGGGACCCUUUCAAGAACGAUGAGGCUGGAGUGGAUGAAGAGGAAAAUGACGACGUAGACAGCGGGAUUGAGGGGGAGCUGGACCUGAUGGAGCGGGAUGCGAUCAUCCAGGCUGGGCCAGCUCAGCGCCCACCCAUCGAGCGGGUGUCCUUCCCCAAAGGGCUUCCAUGGGCACCCAAAGUCAGACAGAAGGACAUUGAGCAUUUCCUGGAGGCAAGUAGGAACAAAUUCAUUGGAUUCACCCUCGGACAGGACACGGAUACCUUAGUAGGGUUGCCCCGGCCCAUCCACGAAAGCGUGAAGACUCUAAAGCAGCACAAGUAUGUCUCUAUCUCGGAUGUUCAGAUCAAAAACGAAGAGGAGCUGGAGAAGUGUCCCAUGUCACUGGGGGAGGAGGAAGUUCAGGAGACCCCCUGUGAGAUGCUCUAUCGGGCAAUGUUAUACAACCUCCCCCAGUAUAUGAUUGCUUUGCUGAAGAUUCUUCUGGCUGCAGCACCCACCUCCAAAGCCAAGACCGACUCCAUCAACAUCCUGGCGGACGUGUUGCCCGAGGAGAUGCCCAUCACGGUGCUUCAGAGCAUGAAAUUGGGGGUCGAUGUGAACAGACACAAAGAGAUCAUUGUGAAGAGCAUUUCGGCCUCGCUGCUGCUGCUGCUGAAGCAUUUCAAACUGAACCACAUCUACCAGUUUGAGUACGUGUCUCAGCACUUGGUGUUUGCCAACUGCAUCCCGCUGAUCCUGAAGUUCUUCAACCAGAAUAUCAUGUCCUACAUCACUGCCAAAAACAGCAUCUCUGUCCUGGAUUAUCCACACUGCACAGUCCACGAGCUGCCUGAGCUCACUGCCGAAAGCCUGGAAGCUGGGGACAACAACCAGUUCUGCUGGAGGAACCUGUUCUCCUGUAUUAACCUGCUGAGACUCCUCAACAAGCUGACCAAGUGGAAACAUUCUAGGACAAUGAUGCUGGUGGUUUUUAAAUCCGCCCCGAUCCUGAAACGCGCUCUGAAAGUGAAGCAGGCCAUGAUGCAGCUGUAUGUGCUGAAGCUCUUGAAGAUCCAGACCAAGUACCUUGGGCGCCAGUGGAGAAAGAGCAACAUGAAAACGAUGUCUGCCAUUUACCAGAAAGUGCGUCACCGCAUGAACGAUGACUGGGCGUAUGGCAACGAUAUUGAUGCCAGACCAUGGGAUUUCCAAGCUGAAGAAUGCACACUGAGAGCCAACAUUGAAGCCUUUAAUAGCCGGAGAUAUGAUAAAUCCCAGGACUCAGAGUUUGCACCGGUGGACAAUUGCUUGCAGAGUGUGCUGGGGCAACGGCUGGAGCUCCCUGAAGAUUUCCAUUACUCCUAUGAACUCUGGCUAGAAAGAGAGGUGUUUUCCCAGCCAAUCCGCUGGGAAGAGUUGCUACAUUAUCAGUGA